CUUCAAUAAUAAUAAUUGACAUUUACUUACCAAUUUACUAAGCUAGUUCAUUCAUUCAUGACAUAAUAUAGUUUUAAACUUUCGUUUGGUUUGUAAUUUAUUAAUUAACAAUUAGUAUGUCUAUUUUAAGGCAAACAAAAACAAAAUUUAAAAAAUCAUGGUACCGUUUAAAAAAUUAUUUUUUUACAUAUGUAUAUACUCAAAAUUUAAAUUAUGAACGUACAUGUGAUUUAUUACUGGAGCCCUUAUUUAAGAUUGUUGAUAAAUAUACCAAUAUUUUAGGAAAAAUUAUGGUUAUUUUAGUUAUUUUAUUAACAACAUUUGUUGUAAUCAUAGCUUACUGGAUUGGUAUACCAUAUUGGUGGAACAAUAAUAAACUUUUAACAGUAUUCUUAUUAAUAUUUGGAAAUUGGUUAUUAAUAAAUGUUAUAUUUCAUUAUUAUAUGGGAGUCACUACACCACCUGGUUUUCCUACUUCGAACAGUUUGAUAUAUAAUGAUGUAGUCAUUUGUAAGAAGUGUGAUUCUCCAAAGCCACCCCGAACACAUCAUUGUUCAAUUUGUAACAAAUGUAUUCUCAAAAUGGAUCACCAUUGUCCUUGGUUAAACAAUUGUGUUGGAUUUUAUAACCAUCGUUACUUUUUUCUCUACAUGGUUUACAUGACAUUAGGUUCAUUAUUUUUGAUUACAUUUGGUGCUGAUAUAGUUUUCACAGAAGUAUUCUAUAAAGAAGAGGAUCCAGUGGGACAUCCAGUUAAAGUCAAUACUUCUUUACCUAAAACAGAUUGGGUUUUAACAUUUCAAGAUGAAUAUGAAAAUCACAAAAUUGAAGUUGACUAUGUUGCAGAAUGGAGAUUUUGGUGUAUUAUGGUUAUAACUUUUAUAACUUGUGGAGUAUUUAUUGCAUUAGCUAUUUUAACUAUAUGGCAUGGUCUAUUAAUAAGUUAUGGCGAAACAAGUAUUGAAGGGCAUAUAAAUAAAUUUGAAACAGAAAGAUUAUCAGCUAUAAACUUUGAAUAUGUUAAUGUUUAUGAUUAUGGUAUGAAAAUGAAUUGGAUUAUCUUUCUUGGACUUCAUAGUGGAAGAAAUUGGAAACAUAUUAUAUUUCCUUCAACCCAUAAACCAAUAGGAAAUGGAUUCAUAUGGCCAACUAAAAAUGAUAUAUAUGAAGUGUUUUAUUAUUAUAAACAGUUAAAUAUGUAAUGGCCAAACAAUUUGUUCUAUCCAAGGUAAAAAUGCUGAAACUUUAGUGUAUACACCUGGUGAAUUUUCUGUUGCACAAAAUUUUCCAAAUGAUGUUAUCCCAAUUAAGUUGAAAACGCAUGCAUUUUUCUCUGAUCUUACUACAAGUGGUCCACCUGAAUCACCCUAAAUA